AUAAAUUACAAAAAAUUAACCAAAUAGGCUGGAAAAUUUAAAAAAAAACAGCAAAUAAAUGGCUACUACGACGUCUGGUACAGACACUGUAAACGAAAUACCACCAGGCUCAAAUCCCAUUCAAAAUCUUCCCAUUGAAUUGCAAAACGACCAAAAACGUAGAAGUUCUUCACGUUCCAUAAAACGUAAACGUUUUGAUGACGAAAUUGUGGAAUAUAGUAUAAAUUUACAAUCGCGCAGUGAUCAAUCUAGAGGUGGACGACUACGUACCACUUCCCAGACAUAUUUACCGUCUGUGCAACCGCCGCCUCCUCCUCCUCCAGUACCAAUAUUACAGCCAAUUGCGGUUACAUCAGUUUCAACAUUGACAACAACGGCACCGGAUUUGAUAAAAAAUAGUGAGAAACCAGUUGCAGCUGUACCAACUGUAGUAAGUGUGCCGCCGCCACCUGCUGCUGCUCAAAUUGUUACGGGUUCGAUUACACCACAUAAUGUAAUGAGCAUGGAUAGACCAUCGAGUUUUAUGACAACUGAGAGAAAACGACCAGCACGUUCUCAACAAAAGAGGACUCGUAAAUCCGGUCGUCCCCCUAGUCAGGUGACGACAAAAGAUUUGGGCCGUUGGAAACCUAUAGAUGACCUGGCUUUAAUAAUAGGUAUAUUGCAAACGAACGACUUGCGUAUGGUCCAUAGAGGAACAAAAUUUUCGUGUAAAUUCACUUUAUCGGAGUUACAAGCACGUUGGUUUUCUUUGCUCUAUGAACCUGCGAUUUCGCGGAUAGCUGUUGCUGCUAUGCGUAAUCUUCAUCCAGAAUUAGUGGAAUCGGUUCAAAGAAAAGCUCUAUUUAGCACACAAGAAGAAGAAUUGUUAAGCAAUAUAAAAUCGACCGAUAAUCCAAAACUGGAACAAUUUCAAGAAUUACUGGACAAAAAUGCUUCAAUAUUUUAUAGUGCUCGGACAGCCAAAUCAUUACAAAAUCAUUGGCAAAUGAUGAAACAAUAUCAAUUAUUGACCGAUCAGGUAGUUAAACCCCUUCAUAUUAGUGAUCAACCACUAAGUUUCUCAGAUGCCGAAGAUUUAAUAUUGGAUGCUGAGUUAAAUGAACAAAGAGAUGAAGCAUUGGAAAUAGAAUUGUCAUUGACAGAUCGGCAAAAUAAAAGAGAGAUACGAUUGUUAGAGAACGAACUCGGCCGUUGGAAUGUUUUAGUCGAUUCGAUGACCGGUGUUGGUAUAGCACCAGAAUUUGAUGGUCAAACAUUGGCCGUUUUAAGAGGACGUUUAGUAAGAUAUCUUAUGCGUUCUAAGGAAAUAUCAUUUGGUCGCGAUGCUAAAGAUUGUAUUGUUGAUGUUGACCUGUCUCUGGAAGGACCAGCCACAAAGAUUUCACGAAGACAGGGUACCAUUAAAUUGCGCAGUAAUGGCGAUUUCUUUAUAGCCAACGAAGGUAAGCGACCCAUAUUUAUCGAUGGAGUUCCUUUAUUGGCUGGCAACAAAACCAGAUUGGCUAACAACUGCGUCGUAGAGAUUUCUGGUCUGAGGUUUGUGUUCUUGGUUAACUAUGAACUAAUUAAUGCUAUACGACAUGAAAGUGCUAAAACCACGUCGCCACUUAAUUAAAUUAAAGGAUUUAUCUCUUCAUUACAUAUACAAUAUGUUACAUUUUUAAUAAAAUUUCACGGUGGAUUAUUUUUGUCUUUUAA